AUGCUCAUAUUCACGCUGGCUACGCUGUCUGCGAUAGCGGCCGCUACCCAAGAUUCGAAUUGCAAAGAAGUGAGCUUCACGCUUUCCGGCAUCGCCGCGAACAGAAACAUCACCGGCAUCCCUCUGAACGAAAGCUUGAGCGCCAUCAUCGACUUCUACAAUCACGCUCGCACUAUCGCUACUACGGGAACGCAGUUGAUCAGGGGAACAUUCUGCGAUGCUUCCAAGCGCAACGACAACAAUGCCAAACUGCAGGUCUUAUUCCACAGCAUCACUACUGAUCGCACCGCCUGGUCGGCUCUUGGUGGCGUUGGGAGCGAGUACGAAGCCUAUAAACCCGAGAAGUAUUCGUGGGUGCGCUACAGUAUGCGAAUUCUCAGGGGUAUCCGACUCUCGCGAUCGAUCGGCUGGGGAAUGGGAAAUCAGCACAUCCGGAUCCUGUGCUUGUUGUUCAAGCGCCAUAUGACGCUCUACCACGACCUCGCCAUGCACAUCCGUGCCGGAGAUGCACAGCUUCCAAGCCCAUACACUCACCUAAUCUACAUCGGCAACUCGUACGGCUCGCAGCUCGGUGCCAGCAUCGCCGGAACGUAUCCCAAAGCAUACAAUGAGUACAUCCUCACCGGCUUUACGAACACUCCACAGAAAGGUUUCGGAGGCGUGGGUUUGGUUCAAGCGAUGCCAGCCCAAACUGUCGACCCGCUUCGGUUCGCGAAUUUCUCCGCGGGCUAUCUCACCACAGCCAGCAAAGAAGGCCGCACUAACGCUUUCUUCGGGUCGAAAGCGCAGGUCGAUUAUGAGGAUACGGUCGCAGACCUGUUCUUCGAGCGGAAAGAUGUCGUCUCGAUCGGACAGUUCGUGACCAUCUACGCUUUUCCUUUCGACGGAGCAAGGUUCAAGGGACGAGUCCUCGUUCUGGACGGCGAGCAGGAUCAGCCGUACUGCGGGCCUGGUAGUCCGGUCAUUGGGCUUGCGGAAUGCGGAAGGCAGCCGAAAGAUAGUGGGGUGCUGUUUCCGGAUGCAGACUAUAACUAUCAGACGGUCGAUAGGAUCGGGCAUGCUGUUCAGGCGCGUAUUCGCUCGCCAGUGCUUUUUGAUAUUGCGCACAGGUUUUUGGCGGGUAAGAACUUUAGCAGUAUGACGCCUGUCUGA